AUGGCGGUUAGUGGAUUGAUUAUUUUGUUCCUGCUGGCGUUUGUUGAUUCUGCUACGAUAUCCUUUACGUCAGACCAGACUACAACAAUCGACGAGCAAAUAACCGAAGCUUCCAUGAGCAAGAGAGCUCCAGAAAGUCAAGACGACGACAGUCUCGAACUUCACGAACUGGACAUGCGAUUGACCCCUAAACAGCUACAAAGUCUCCAGAAUCCAUCUAUGUCAAGUAAUUAUAAUACCAACACGAACGGAUUAACAAGCAGAGCAAUUUUAAACACUACAAUACUUUGGCCUAAUAAUAGAAUUCCUUACAUAAUAUCUAGUGGCAUCUUUAAUGAAACUCAAACGAAAGAAAUCAUGAAAGCCAUAAACGAAUGGCAAAAUCACACCUGCAUUAAAUUCGAGCCAGCGAAUCAAUCAGAUAAAAAUUACGUUGACUUCGACAACGGAACUGGUUGUUCUUCUGGAGUGGGGAUGCUUGGGGGUGCUCAAAAGUUAUACUUGGCUGAGAGUUGCAGAAAAAAACGUCUUAUCAUUCAUGAGAUUGGCCAUGUCAUUGGUUAUAAUCACGAACAGAGUCGGCCGGACAGAGAUGACUAUGUUGAAAUUAUGACCGCAAAUAUUAAAGAGCAGCGUUUGUCUAAUUUUAGAAAAUUGCUUCCAGAAACUUUUGCGAAUUACACCCCUUACGACUACACAAGUAUCAUGCACUACGGUAAGACAUACUUCAGUGCGAAUAAUCAAACCACAAUGCGAACAAAGAACCCGGCUUAUCAAGACAUUAUUGGAACGGUUAAAAAUGUGAGUUUUUACGACAUCAAAGAUGUGAACAUAAUGUACAACUGCGCUGGCCAUUGUCAAAAUAAGCCCAUCUGUCCAGGGGAGGCGUUCGUAGGGAAGGACUGCAAGUGUUGGUGUCCCGGGAAGGGAGAUAAUCCAUUCGUUUAUUGUUCAAGUGACCCAGUAACACCAGCGACUACAAAUUCGCCGAGUGUUGCAAGACAGCAAGUGAUAAAUAUAAACAUAGACAUUAAAAUUAACAUAUAGUGGACGCUCGUUAAAUGUAUGUGUGUCUUAUGUUCCCCUAAUCUACCCUGACUUUUUAUUUAAUAAUUAAAAAUUAAUAUAAUGGCAACACAUGACAGAUAUUCGAACUGAUAUUAAAUUUAACAUAUUAUUGAGGCUAGUACUUGUGUUUUAUGUUACCUAAAACAUAUUAUUUCUUUUAUUUCCAUAAACAUAUUAUGGCAAGAUAUGACAGAUAUAUGAAUUGAUAUGAAGCUUAACAUAUGAUUGAAGAUUGUACGUUUUAUUUGUAGCUCAAAAGAAGUCUUGAUUUUAGUUAAAUUUACAUAAUUUGUCUUUGA